GAGUUGCUCAGCCGGAAACAUCUAGGGCUACCAUAGCUAAACUAAAACCCCACUCUACCUCUUUCUCUCACACACACAACACACACUGAGUCUUACGCACAGUCGAGACGCUUUUUGCCUCUUUUUCCAUCACUUUUGCCAACUAGCAAACAUCCAAACCGCAGCACAGUAGUUGUAUCAGUUACAACCCCAAAAGCCAAUAGCCUACAACCAAGACCGCCACUUUUUCACCUCAUGAUCAGCCUUUAAUGAAAAAAUUCAACCUCGGAUUUUAAACAAUUGAAUAAAGCCCCCCAAUAAUCAACAAAUCAUCUGUAUUAUGCCAACUAUGGACCCGGCAAAUUCUAAUCCUUCUAGAGCUGAAGAACUCAAAGUCCUCGCCAAUGAAGCCUUCAACGCCCAUAAAUUUGCGCAAGCUAUUGAUUUGUAUACUCAAGCAAUAGACUUGAAUGGUGACAAUGCGGUUUACUGGGCUAACCGUGCAUUUGCCCACACCAAAUUGGAGGAGUAUGGGAGUGCAAUAAUUGAUGCUACUAAGGCUGUUGAAAUUGAUCCUAAGUACUCCAAGGGGUACUAUAGACGAGGUGCGGCUUAUUUGGCAAUGGCGAAGUUUAAAGAAGCACUCAAGGAUUUUCAGCAGGUCAAGAAGUUAUGCCCUAAUGACCCUGAUGCCUCAAAGAAAUUGAAAGAGUGCGAGAAAGCUGUGAUGAAACUCAAAUUUGAGGAAGCUAUCUCUGUACCCGAAUCUCAAAGACGUUCAGUAGCUGAUUCUGUUGAUUACACUACCAUUGGAACGGGCACAGAGUCAUCUUAUUUUCCCCCCAAAGUAACUGCUGUAGCAGCGGCAGUAGUUCUACCUGCUGUGCUGGCGGUAUAUGUGGGAACUAAAGCAGCCAUAGUGGUGGCAGCAGCAGUUAUGGCAACAGUAUUGGUGUUCUUGGGGGCUUGGUGGCUUCGCAGCAAUGACCAUGUCUUUUCCAAGAGUCAAAGUCUUGACUUAGCUGUGGAACCAGAAUAUGCUGGUGCAAGGAUUGAGGGAGAUGUUGUGACUUUGGAUUUUGUGAAAAAAAUGAUGGAUGACUUCAAGAAUCAAAAGAGCUUGCAUCGGCGGUAUGCACUGCAAAUUGUUUUACAAACAAGAGAAAUGCUGCGUUCACUGCCCACUCUUGUUGAUGUUAAUGUUCCUGAUGGGAAGCACUUCACUGUCUGUGGUGAUGUACAUGGUCAGUUUUAUGAUCUGUUAAACAUAUUUGAGCUCAAUGGGUUUCCAUCAGAAGAUAAUCCCUACCUUUUUAAUGGUGACUUCGUCGAUAGGGGGUCCUUUUCUGUGGAGGUCAUACUGACGCUCUUUGCUUUCAAGUGCAUGUGUCCGACAGCCAUGUAUCUCGCCCGAGGGAACCAUGAGAGCAAGAGCAUGAACAAAAUAUAUGGCUUUGAGGGUGAAGUCAGAUCAAAACUAAGUGAAAUAUUUGUGGAACUGUUCGCGGAAGUUUUCUGUUGUUUACCUCUUGCACAUGUUAUAAAUAAUAAAAUCUUUGUGGUACAUGGAGGGCUUUUCAGUGUUGAUGGGGUGAAGCUCUCCGAAAUCAGUGCAAUCGACCGGUUUCGAGAACCACCUGAGGAAGGGUUGAUGUGUGAAUUGCUUUGGAGUGAUCCACAGCCUCAACUUGGAAGGGGACCAAGUAAGCGUGGCGUUGGCCUUUCAUUUGGUGCAGAUGUAACUAAAAAGUUUUUGAAGGAAAACAAUUUAGAUUUAGUGGUGCGAUCUCAUGAAGUCAAGGAUGAAGGAUAUGAGAUUGAGCAUGACGGAAAACUCAUUACUGUCUUUUCUGCUCCCAACUACUGUGAUCAGAUGGGUAACAAGGGUGCCUUUAUUCGUUUUGAAGCUCCCAGUCUGAAGCCAAAUAUUGUUACAUUUUCAGCAGUGCCGCACCCCGACGUCAAGCCAAUGGCAUAUGCCAAUAACUUCUUUCGCAUGUUCUCUUGAUCAUUAAUCCUGACUAGGGAACUUAAAAUAUUACCAUCAGACAAUAUACACAUCUGGCUGCAGAAGGGCAAAGUUUUUGCAUAAUGGGGGAGAAGAAAGGUUCAUUAAUGUCAAAAGUAUUCUUCUUUCUGCAAUUUUGAAUUCAUUUUGCGUACAACUGCUUGUGACAGAAGCCUAAUAUUCCUGUUGAACCUUCAUUGCUGGGAUCUCAAAGUUCAGGUAUAGCUAGAACCAGGAAAACUUGUAUAAAGUCUUGCUCCUUCACGUGUAUUUAAAUCUUUUCCUGUGCAAGAUUCUUAUUUUUCUUGCUUGUCUUCGAGAUCUGCACUAUCAGUAAGUUAGCCUUUUUUAUUGGAUGUUUAAUUGUAAAAUAGUUACAGUAACGCCAUUUUUCUUCUUCCUUUCAAGUGCAUGUCCACCUGAAACA